AUGAAAUUGACAGAAAAUAAUAAUAAUUUAUUUUGUUCAGUUUGGACAAAUAAAUAUAUAAGGCAGCUCAUUUUAUAUUAUGUAAAGCUUUAUAAUAUUUUUUUUUAUCCCAAGUUCAUAAAGUCAUUGCAAACUUUAGACGAAUUCAAAUAUAAAGAAUAUCUUAAUGGUGUCGAAAUUGGAUUUAAUUGUGACAGCUUAGAAAGGGAUCUACCAAGAAAUAUAAAUGUUUUAAAUUUUUCAUAUUUCCGUGUUUCAUCACCAAUACCAAGUUGGAUCAAAUCUGUUACUAUUCCUGUAAAUUAUGAUUUAUCAAUUUUUAAAAAUGCAAAGUGUCUUGUAUCAAUUAGUUUGGGUGGUUAUGGGGAAUCACAUCAAGAGUUCAAUUAUAAAACGUUACCAGAAUCUAUUACAGAGUUAGAGCUUUCAUUUUACGAACAUACAAUAAAGAAAGAUUCACUACCAAAAAACUUAAAGAAACUUGUAAUGUUAAAAUGUUCAGAGGUUCCAUUCGAAGAGGGUUUGGUUCUUCCAGAGUCUUUAACAAAUUUAACAAGUUUAAGAAUUGCAGAUACCAAUAAGAGUUUGGAGUUUACAUCACUUUUUAAAUUUCCAUCACAAUUAGUACAGCUAGAGCUUUGUUGUAAAGAAAUACAUUCUCAACUACCCAAUAGUUUAAAGAAAUUAAAAAUUUUAGCAUACUUUAUAAAGAAUGAUAUCAUACCGCCAUCACUAGAGUAUUUAUAUUUAAAGUUAGUGUAUCAAGUUAUCUCCCAUCAAAUGAUACCAAAAACAGUAAAGUCACUAGAGGUUAGCUGCAAUUCAUUUUUUGAUGAUCAAGAUAUUUCAAUUCUACCGCCCAAUUUAGAACGUUUAGUAAUUUUAACUAUCAAAAAAGCAAAAAGAUUACCCGGAUAUUAUUUUAAUAAAAAAUUAUUACCAAAUCAAUUGCCUCCAACUCUAAAGCACCUUAGUUUCGAUGACGGGGAGGAAUAUGGCGUAUUUAAUAAUGGUGACUUUCCGCUAGAGGAUAACGUAUUUCCAGACUCGUUAACUUAUCUAAACCUUGGCCCAUCUUUCAAUAAACCUGUAGGCCCAAAUACACUACCCAAAUCUGGUAAUUUAAAAACUGUAGUGUUUGGAGAUAGCUUUAAUAGAAAGUUUGCAGACAAUACUAUACCGUCAAGUGUUUUAACUUUAGAUGUAUUUCACUACGAAUAUAAACAUCCAAUUCAAAUAAAAAACCCAAAUACAAUUAUAAGAUGCAAAAGAAAUAUUAAUUUGUUUUAUAGACCCCAAGAAAUUUCAUACAAAUCACUUCGAAUACCGUAUGGCUUCGAUAAACCAAUUAAAACACUAUCCUUAAAUAAGUUACAAGAUUUAGAGUACCUGGAGGUUUCAAAUGAUUUCAAUCAAGAGUUACCCCCAAAUCUCCCAAUCAAAAAGCUAGUUUUAGGUUCAACUUUUAAGCAAACAAUAAACCUAGAGCACUAUCAGCAAUUAGAAUGUUUAGUUGUAGAUUCAUCAGUUCCAAACUUAACCACAACAAUAUAUAAAAUGAAUAGUAACAACAAUAUAAAUAAUAAUGAUGGUAGUAAUAAAAAUAGUAAUAAUGAUAUAUUUAACUUUUAUAAUCUAAAAUCUAUCGAGGUUUUUCAAUAUAAUAAUAAUUUUAUUUCGCAAUUAAACCCAAUAUUUUAUCAGUUUAUAAAAAUUAAAAAAAAGAAUCCAGCAUUAAAUUUAAUGGUAAAUGAUUGGAUCUUCAAAGUUUAA